AUGGUCACCCAAUUACUCCUACUAUCCCUUUCUGUAUUUUCCUUGCUGUUUUCCUGCUCAUCUCUCUUCUCCUCACCUUUCUUCUUAUCCUCCCAAAAUCUUCAUUACAAUAUUAAUAUUUCUCCAAACACACUCCACAUUUUGAGCCUUGUUGCCACCAACAAAAACUGCAUUUUCCUCGUCUGUAAUACGCUCUUUUUCCUCGUGACCAAAACGUCAGCCUCGGUGGUCAGUUGUUCUCCUCCCGACUCGGGCUCAAACGAAGUCACGCUGCACGAGGGAGCCGAUGACUUCGUCGGACUAGAGCCCGAGCUUGUGCCCGUUUCCGACAAAGACAUGAUAAUAGUGUACGAAAACGAAAGUCGGGCAAAAGAAACAAAAACUAAUGGAGUGGAAAAUGAUGGGGGGAAAGAACUCGCAUGCCCGACCCAAGUUUCGAUUUUUAUCGCAGAUAGUCAUGAAGAAGAAGAAGAAGACGCUAAGAGAGAAGACUUAAUCGAAAACGACGAAAGUGGGGUCACCGAGACUUGCUGCCUUUUUUACGAUGAAGAUGAAGAUGAUGAUGCUGGUGAUGAUGUUUUGAGUGCAGAAGAAUUGAAUCAGAAGUUUGAGGAUUUCAUAAGAAGGAUGAAGGAGGAGAUUAGGCUCAGUGAGGCUGAAAUUAAAUCAACUGGUAGUGGUCAACAAAAUUCAAUAAGAUAA